CUGUACUGAAGCCACUUUUCCACUAUAAAAGAGAGCUAGAUGUCUCCUUCAGUAUCAGUUUUCGUUUCAAGUAUCGACAGCUAUCUAGUUCAAAAUGAAACUCGCUAUUGUCCUUUUGGGUUUGGUCGCCCUCUCUGCUGCCGCUCCACAAGAACGUGGACUCGUCCAAGAGGCCGAGAAAGUCGUCCAGGAUGCCAUCACCAAGGCUCACUCCGACUUGGACAGCAUUGUCCACCUCGUCAAGGGAUUGACUGCCAAUGCCAAGGGUAAAGCCGAUGGCAUUAUCGCCAAUGCCAAGAACGAAAUUACCUCUAAAGUCGCUGAAUUGGAAAGCUCCAUCUCUGGCUUGAUCACCAAGGGUGGUGUCAUUGCUAGCUGCGCCCAAAAGAACCUCGGCGAUUUGACUGAAUUCAAGAACACCUUCGGCAAGAACGUUGAGAGCUGCGCCGGAAACUUGGGUUCCGCUAUCACCGACUUCGAAACUGAUGUCUUGGGAGAAGUUACCUCCUUGAAGUCAGCCGUUUCUGAAUUGGUCAACAUUGUCGAUGAAUGCUCCGCCGAUACUUUGCAAGCUGUGGUUUGUGCCGUCACCAAGGUUAAGCAAGUCGAAACCCUUGUCGAAAGCAUCGUCUCUGACGCCAAAACAGCCAUUGAAACUGCUCGUUCAAAGGCCAAUGUUACUGUUGGACAAAUCCAAACCUGUGCCCAACAAACUGUUGGUGAAGCUACCGUCACCGUUAACAAAUUCGUCUCUGCUGUUAAGCAAUGCGCCUAAGUAUUUAAAUUAUAUGUUGUUGUUGGGUAUCCAAUAAAAGUCCUUUUAAAUUAAAUUAA